AUGAGAGAGUGUCUGCCAGCAACUCUUGAGGCAAUCAUCACUCAGGCUGCUAGUGUCAGAAUAAACUACGACGAAGUUGACGACCGAAGCAUUGAUGGAAGCUUGAUGGUCUGGUUCUGUCUAGCUCAUCCCGAGCUUCGCCAUGAAGACAAGCACAAAGCAGUUCUGAUGUGCUUGAUUCACGACAUCGGCGAGAUCACAGCAGGGGAUAUCACUCCGGCCGAUGGCGUUGAUCCUGGACCAGAAAGGAAGCAUCUCGAGGAAAGACUUGGACUUACCUACUUGUCCUGCUUACUCAAGGCUUCGAACCCCUACUGGGCCUCAAGAAUACUUGGGAUUCGGCACGAGUACGAGAGUGGAGUGACCCGCGUGGCCCAGCUGGUUCGUCAAGUAGACAAGCUUGAAUGUCUGCACCAAGCUUUUCUCUAUCUCAAGCGCUACAAAAGACAGCGUAACUUCGAAGCGACGAUGAAGGACUUCAAGGAUCUCCGCAAGAAGAUAUCCGACCCCUGGCUCUCAGCGCAGGCAGACUUCAUUUUAGCUGAUUGGGCCUUGCUUGAAAAGAAGGAGCAGCAAAGAUCGCCAGGUAUCGUGCUUGUGAUUGGCGGACCUGGCGUUGGCAAAAGAACUCUCUGUGCCUGCAUAGCAGAAAACUUCAAUUUUGCGCACGUGUCCGUAGGCGACUUGCUACGGGAGGAGCAGAACAAUCCUGAAUCCAGGUUCGGCGACUUCAUCCGGGAGAGUAUCCAAAAUUCGGUCAUUGUCCCUCCGUCUCUCACCAUGAUGUUGUUGAAAGACAAGGUCGAGGCGAUACAGUCUCAAAAUAAGGGAGUCUUGAUUGAUGGGUUCCCACGGAGCAUCGACCAAGCAGUUGCUUUUGAGCAAGAGGUAUCUGAGGAAUACUCGACUAUAUGUCUACAAUGUGCGCCUGAACUGACGAUCGAGCGCGUCCAAGAAAGAUCUGGCUCGUCACAACGGGACGACGACAACCUGGACACCCUGAGGAAAAGACUUGGUACCUUUUCCAGCACCAAUGAUACUGUAGUAGACUACUUAUCGAAGGAAAGGAAACAACUCUGGACAAUCGACGCUGCACGGUCUGCAAACGAACUCUAUUCCACUGUUGAGAAAAUCCUUCUCGAGUUGGGACAAAGACAAAUGCAGAGAGCUUGA